AUGCCUGACGAGGACGGAGAGGAGGCGGCACGUCGCUUUGCUGUUUCGCUAGAGCUCAAGCGCCAGCAGUUGCUCUCCCUUACUUUCGACCUCAGACCACACGCCAGUCUCUCCCUGAGCGAAUUCCGAAGUCCGACGCUGUUCUCGCUCAACAUGGACGGCAGCGCAGCCGCCAUGUCGGGCCUAGGGAUCACCUUUGAGCCCCAACCAGUGUAUUACGAGGUCCCUCAGCUCGUACAACCGCCCUACUACGCCCAGCAGCCGCAAUACGCCCACCCGUCAGCUCCGCACGGCCGUCGACUUCUCCACUCCGUCUCGCACGAUGACGGUUUGCGUCACUACAUGUACGCCCAGCAGCAAUACAUGGUCAUGCCGACGGACUACUCGCCGGACAGUGUGCAGAAGAGGGUGCGGAUUGCUGCAGGGACGCCCGAGGUGCUGAACGGCAAAGGAGGGUACUUGCCGUACGAUCCGAAUCACCUCUCGCCGUUGUCGGACCUCGAUCCAUCGUCGACGUCCGAGACGGGAUCGUCGCAGCCUUUCUCGCCCGCCUCCCUCUCGUCUCUCCCGUCUUCCACCGAAUCAGGCGCAUAUGCGACUUUCCGGCAUCCUUCCCAGCCUUCGCCUCCCGUCUAUCCUAUUCGUCAUGAACCCUCUCAUACCCACGAGCAUGACGGAGGUCAACGAAUUUUGCUGCACGCGAACCAGCCCCUCCACCAUUCGCCAACCGAAUCUCGCCAAACUUCACGGCCCUCCCGCCUACCUGCUUUCCUGCAAGAGCGUCAGGCUCCUCCAGUCAUGCAACGCCCGCGGUCAAUGGUCGACUUGCGCGCCUCGCAAAAGCAGACGGCGCACGGCUACGUCCGCGUCGACCGUCCCCUGCCCGACCUCGUCGACAGCACCGCCGUCGGCCAACCUGGCGAUCCCGAUUGGCAAGGCAAUAGCGAGAAGCCGCGUAUGCGUCAGUCGGAGGGCCGGCCACGCCGCUUGCCGCCACCGGCUAAGCCGCCGUCGACCGACCGCGUCCGAUCUCGCUCGUUGUCAGCGCAGGAGCUGAGACAGCUUGCCCAUGCGGACGCAUCUCGCGAGCAAGGUGCAAGUGCCGGAACAGUCGUCAGGCGGGAGUCAGGACGCGCGGACGCACCGCACGAAGAGCAGCCGCAAGAGCCCGCUUCUUCGGCGGAUCCCUUCGUAGAGGGUUCUGCGAACGCCGACUUGCGGCGUCAGCCCACUUUGCUGACUACCGGCGCAUCGACUGUCCGGCGUCGCAAAGAGCUGGACCGCCUGCUUGCGCCAAGCCAGAAACACCUCUCGUUCGGGUCAUUCGCCUCGUCGCACGAGCGCGACGAACCGUCGCCCGCCUCUUCGAGCGAGACGCCGGCCUCCCAUCGCCGCGCGGCGUCAGAGUCGUCGGUUCUGCCGACAUCGCUCCCGUCGCCAGCUGCGCUUGAAGGGGCGAAGGGACCCAACCGGGCACGCGUCGACCUCGAUCUCGUCCUCGAGACGCCGCUUAUCGUCGAGGGCGGCCACCUGAAGGGUCGACUAGACGUGCGGAUCCGUCAACCUCGAGGUCGCGAAGAAGCGGUGUGGAUCAGCAAGCCCAAGAUCCGUAUCCUCGGGUUUGAAGAGCUCUCUUCGGGCGAUGGCCGCUACGUUUUCUUCCACCACGCCGCAACGGUCGACUCGCCCAGCGCAUCUCAUUCACCCUUGCCCUGUUUCGACUCGGACAGCGACGAGGAGGACUUCCACCGGGCACGCGUGGGUCAGCAUAACGUCCCCGUCGAGAUGCUCGUCCCUAUCGGCAGAGGCGCGAAGGGGCCGUGGAAAGGGAAGCAAGGUGUCGUCCGAUACAUUGCCAUUGCGUCUAUCAAGCUCAAGUCGAAGAACGGCUCGGAUCGCUCCAUCGCGCAUUUCUAUCGACAUGUCGACGUCUUCCCGUACUUCAAUCCCGCACUCGUGCUCGCUCCCGCCGUCGCACCGUUGUCAGAGGAGGCGAGCAAGGCUAUGUUCAUGGGCGGAAACGGCAGGGUGAGCCUUCGGGCGACUAUGCAUCGCGGGAUCUGGGUUGCUGGUCAGCGAUGUUACGUCAAUGUGCGGGUGGAGAACGAGUCGAGCAAAAAGGUCAAGGCCCUUACGCUCAGCCUCAUCCGCACGACGGCCAUCUACCGCUCCGACGUCAAGCCGUCGCCCGUCGCGUCGCCGGAUCUCUACGGCUUCGUCGUCGACAAGGGUGCCAGCUCGAGUAAGGGUCUGCUGCAGUCGACGAAGAAGAAGGUGGCAGACAUGACGCUCGAAGUCGGCAAGAAGGGCACGAAGGGCGUAACGGCGAAGGGUACUUGGCUUGGUGUCGAAGCAGGCGAGUGCGCCGAUUUUGCGCCUUCUUUGCUCGUCCCGGCGGACGCCUUGACGAUACCCCGCGGACGCCAUCUCGAGAUUACGUACGCUGUCAGGGUUUCGGUCGGCGGCUCGCUCUCAGCGGACGUCGCUGUCGAGAUCCCCAUCCGUAUCGUCGACUUCGUCUCGCUCGACCCGCCGCCGGGUCAUGUCGGUCCUUCGCCUCUUCCCGAACGUCCGCAACGUCCUGUCGCACGCAGCUGGAGCUCCAAUCAGCUUCGCGACGUCUCGAAUCUGCAAGGGCGGACCCUGCCUCACAAGCCCAGUAACGAGCACCUCACUCUCGACGACCUCAACGGCAUCACCCAACCAGCAGCCGGUCUUUCUCGCAUCUCCUCGCUCGCGUCUGUCCGCACGGCUGAUCUCCCGCGUGAUCCACAAGCUUUCGAGGACGACGAAAGUUCCGGAAUGUCGCACGUUGCCGUCGACGAGCACGACCAAGGACAGGAUCGCUCGCAUGUGCUUGUCGACAGGGCGCGUCAGCGGCAACUGCGCCAUCAGACGUCGCUGCAGUGCAUCUCGACGGCUAUCGCCUCUGCCACCGCGCGGAGACAAGGCGUCGUGCGGCAGCCGAGCCUCCUUUCCUACGAGCGGCGAGAAGAAGCGACGAUCGUCGAGGAAUCGGGCGCAGAGGAUACUUUCGGCGGCGCGACGCUCCCUGAGGCGGACUACGGCGUCCAGUUGGACGACCUCGACGACAUUCCCGACGGUCUCUCGCCCGUCGCCGAACAGACCGAGCACGUCGAGCUGGUCUGCGAGGGCGAGCACGAUGAGGAGCUCGACAUGCUCAUGCAGUCCAGAUUCAGCGACGACGAGGACGCUGCCAACGACGUGCCCUACUCGCACCGCUUUGGGCCGGCGCCCUCAACAGACCUCACCGAGAUCAAGGUCACCCCGCCGACUCCUGCAGGACGCCGCUUCUCGCUCUCGAUUGCGCCCGCCUCCAGCUCGCCCGUCAAAGCUCCUUCCGUUCGGCCCGGCGAUUCUCCCAAUAUCGCUCAUGUCGACUCGCCUUCCAAAUCGCCUUCAGACAAGUUCGCCUUCGCAACGCCAACUUCGCCGGUCAAAGCUCGCGUAGAGAUGUCUCCUACUCACUCCCCCGGCCGACAAGCGACGCGAAGCGCUGCAUCUCCGCUGCGGCAGGGUCGCCCUCUCCCGACCCCGCCUGCGGCACGAUCCGAGCCGCCCGCUGCGAGUGAACACGAUGCGCCUACGUUGCGCAAGACGCCCUCGGGCGCGUCACUCCGGCGCAAUCCUGGCAUCCUUCGUAAAGCCGCAUCGACAAGGUCGCUUCGCACCGCCAGCUCUCCGACGGAGUCGGUCAGCUCCUACGAGAGCUCACGAGCGGCGAGCGUUGCGCGCAGCCCGUCUCUCGCCUCGCCUCGCGUCUCGCCCAUCAUCGCUUCGGGCACGACCGCCAAGUUCCACGCAGCCAUGUCACCUCCAUCCGCAAUGCCCUCGUCUCCCGCUCGCAAGGUCGUCCAGUCGCCUUCGCCCGCGCUUCGUGCGACUCGCUCGAUGGCCGAACUGCGCGCGACGUCGUCGGCAAAACCGGUCUCUCCUCGCAAGUCCACAGUCCUGCCAUCCGUCCAGAACAAGGUCGCCGCCCUCGAGACUCGGCAAGCGACUCUCACGCGACUCGCGACGCAGACGGCGGGUAGCGGACGAGCCAGGGUCAGCAACGUCCAGCUUGCGCGGGCCGACUCGAUCAUGUCGAACGCGUCGUCUGUUGCGCCGAGCGAGUUCAACCUGAAGAGGGCGGACAGCAUGGCGUCGUUCAAGGCUCCGCUCUUCAGGCGAGGCGUCGAGGAGAUGCCGCCUCCCAUGCCGUCCCUCCCUCUUUCCCACUAUCACCCGUAG